AUGGAGUACCUUUCUGUAGAUGGAUUCUCUUACUUCCAGAUACUUUACCACUGUUUCUCUCACCCUCUGGCAAGAUAAAGAUUUUUCCAGGACAGAGGAAUGAGGUUUCCUGUAUUUAGAUACUAAAUCACAUGUGUGCAAUUGUUCUUCUGCCCUCAAGUAAUAGCUGGUUUUCGAGGGACAGUCCCACAUGGCCUAUCACUGGAGAUUGGAGACACUGUUCAAAUAUUAGAGAAAUGUGACGGAUGGUACAGAGGAUUUGCCUUAAAAAACCCCAAUGUUAAGGGCAUAUUUCCAUCCAACUACAUUCACUUGAAAAAUGCAUGUGUUAAGAACAAAGGACAAUUUGAAAUGGUUAUUCCAACGGAAGAUUCUGUUAUUACAGAAAUGACAUCAACUUUAAGAGACUGGGGAACAAUGUGGAAACAACUCUAUGUGAGGAAUGAGGGGGAUCUCUUUCACCGACUGUGGCACAUAAUGAAUGAAAUCCUAGACCUGCGAAGGCAGGUCCUUGUCGGCCAUCUCACCCAUGAUCGAAUGAAGGAUGUCAAGCGACACAUUACUGCUCGUCUGGAUUGGGGCAAUGAACAACUGGGACUUGACUUAGUUCCGAGAAAAGAAUAUGCUAUGGUGGAUCCUGAAGACAUCAGCAUUACGGAGCUCUACAGGCUGAUGGAGCACCGCCAUCGAAAAAAAGACACACCAGUACCAGCUAGCAGCCACCAUCUUUUUGUUCAGAUGAAGAGUCUUAUGUGCUCCAAUCUGGGAGAGGAACUGGAAGUAAUCUUCUCACUCUUUGAUAGUAAAGAAAAUCGCCCCAUCAGUGAAAGAUUUUUUUUAAGACUGAAUAGAAAUGGUUUGCCAAAAUGUCCAGAAAAGCCUGAAAGACACUGUUCUCUCUUUGUGGAUUUGGGUAGCAGUGAACUCAGGAAGGACAUCUAUAUCACUGUGCACAUUAUCCGAAUAGGACGAAUGGGAGCUGGAGAAAAGAAAAAUGCUUGCAACGUACAAUAUAGACGGCCCUUUGGCUGUGCAGUCCUCAGUAUUGCAGAUUUGCUGGCAGGAGAUUCAAAGGAUGACCUCGUCUUAAAAGUAUACAUGUGCAACACAGAGAGUGACUGGUAUCAGAUCCAUGAAAAUAUCAUUAAAAAGCUGAAUGCACGUUACAACUUGACAGGCUCAAAUGCAGGUCUGGCAGUUUCUCUUCAGUUGCUUCAUGGAGACAUAGAACAAAUUAGGAGAGAGUAUACAUCCAUGUUUACCCAUGGAGUAUCCAUAACAAGGAAACUAGGUUUUUCCAAUAUUAUAAUGCCUGGUGAAAUGAGGAAUGAUUUAUAUAUCACUGUAGAAAGAGGAGAAUUUGAGAAAGGAGGGAAAAGUGUAGCCAGAAAUGUGGAAGUGACAAUGCACGUCGUGGAUAGCAGUGGUCAAAUUUUAAAGGAUUUCAUCUCAUUCGGCUCUGGAGAACCACCAGCCAGCGAGUACCAUUCCUUUGUGCUUUAUCAUAACAAUGGUCCCAGAUGGGCUGAGCUGCUGAAACUUCCCAUUCCCGUGGAUAAAUUCAGAGGAGCCCACAUCCGCUGUGAAUUCCGGCACUGUUCCACAAAAGAGAAGGGUGAGAAGAAGUUGUUUGGCUUUUCUUUCGUGCCCCUGAUGCAGGAAAAUGGGAGGACUCUGCCAGAUGGCACCCAUGAACUCAUUGUACACAAGUGUGAAGAAAACACAAACCUUCAGGAUUCUGGUCGCUACCUCAAACUCCCCUUUUCAAAGGGAAUUUUCCUAGGAAACAACAGCCAAGCAGUAAAAACCACUAAAGAGUCCUUCUGGAUUACAUCCUUUCUCUGCUCCACUAAACUCACACAAAAUGGAGAUAUGCUUGACCUUCUGAAAUGGAGAACCCACCCAGACAAAAUUGCAGGUUGCCUCUCAAAAUUAAAAGAAAUUGAUGGUUCAGAAAUAGUGAAGUUUCUUCAAGAUACACUAGACACUUUAUUUGGGAUUUUAGAUGAAAACUCUCAAAAAUAUGGUUCAAAAGUAUUUGAUUGUUUGGUUCACAUAAUAAAUUUGCUGCAGGACAGCAAGUUUCACCACUUUAAGCCAGUUAUGGACACUUACAUUGAAAGUCAUUUUGCAGGAGCACUUGCAUACAGAGAUCUUAUAAAAGUACUGAAGUGGCAUAUUGAUCGAGUCACCGAAGUGGAGCUGCACGAGCACAUACAGGAAGUACUAAAGGCACAGGAAUAUAUCUUUAAAUAUAUAGUUCAGUCUCGAAGGUUAUUCUCUAUUGCCACUGGUGGACAAAAUGAGGAGGAAUUUCGCUGCUGUAUUCAAGAGCUUCUUAUGUCAGUACGCUUCUUCCUUUCCCAAGAGAGCAAAGGAGCUAGUGCUUUAUCCCAACUACAAGCUGUGUUUCUCAGCUCAUUCCCAUCGGUCUACUCUGAACUUUUGAAGCUCUUUGAUGUAAGAGAAGUGGCAAAUUUGGUUCACGAUGCUCUGGGCAGCUUGCCAACAGUCAUGCAUGGGGAUGAGUCCCUUCAAGCUGUUAAACUGCAGAGUAUUGGAAAAACUGUAGAAAGUCACCUGUACACUAACCCAGAUUCUCGAUAUAUUCUUCUUCCGGUAGUUUUACAUCAUCUCCACAUGCAUUUACAAGAGCAGAAGGACCUUAUAAUGUGUGCACGUAUCCUUAGCAACAUAUUUUGCCUCAUCAAGAAGAACAGCUCAGAAAAAUCUGUACUGGAAGAAAUUGAUGUGAUUGUAAACAGCCUGCUAGAUAUUCUGUUAAGGACCAUACUAGAGAUCACCAGCCGACCACAACCAUCAGGCUCCGCUAUGCGCCUCCAGUUUCAAGAUGUGACUGGGGAAUUUGUCUCCUGUUUGUUGUCACUCUUGCGACAAAUGACUGAUAGACAUUACCAACAGCUUCUUGAUAGCUUCAACACAAAGGAAGGUCUGAGGGAUUUUCUGCUGCAGAUUUUCACUGUAUUUCGGAUACUAAUACGACCAGAGAUGUUUCCAAAAGACUGGACAGUGAUGCGUUUGGUUGCAAACAAUGUGAUCAUUACUACAGUCUUGUACCUUUCGGAUGCCCUUCGUAAAAACUUCUUAAAUGAAAACUUUGAUUACAAGAUAUGGGAUUCCUACUUUUUUCUUGCUGUCAUUUUUAUAAACCAGUUAUGUCUGCAACUGGAGAUGUUCACACCUUCCAAGAAGAAAAAGGUUUUAGAAAAAUAUGGUGACAUGCGGGUAACAAUGGGAUGUGAAAUCUUCAGCAUGUGGCAGAAUUUAGGGGAACACAAGCUUCACUUUAUUCCAGCAUUGAUUGGCCCCUUCCUGGAAGUGACCUUGAUCCCUCAGCCAGACCUGAGGAAUGUAAUGAUUCCCAUUUUCCAUGACAUGAUGGACUGGGAGCAAAGGCGAAGUGGCAACUUUAAACAGGUGGAAGCAAAACUGAUUGACAAACUGGACAGCCUAAUGUCGGAAGGUAAAGGUGACGAAACAUACCGAGAGCUCUUCAACAGUAUAAUUCCACUUUUUGGUCCUUAUCCUAGUCUACUGAAGAAAAUUGAGCGGGAAACAUGGAGAGAAAGUGGUGUUUCGUUAAUCGCGACUGUGACUCGCCUCAUGGAGAGAUUACUGGACUACAGGGACUGCAUGAAAAUGGGAGAAGUGGAUGGCAAAAAGAUUGGCUGCACUGUUAGCCUUUUGAAUUUUUACAAGACUGAAUUGAACAAGGAAGAGAUGUAUAUUCGCUAUAUUCAUAAGCUGUAUGACCUACAUCUGAAAGCACAAAACUUCACAGAGGCUGCCUACACGCUCCUGCUGUACGAUGAGCUGUUGGAGUGGUCUGAUCGGCCACUGAGAGAAUUUCUCAACUAUCCCAUGCAAACAGAGUGGCAACGUAAAGAGUGUCUCCAUCUGACCAUUAUUCAAAACUUUGAUAGAGGAAAGUGUUGGGAAAAUGGCAUUAUCUUAUGCAGGAAAAUUGCAGAACAGUAUGAGAGCUACUAUGACUACAGAAACCUCAGCAAGAUGAGGAUGAUGGAAGCAUCUUUGUAUGAUAAAAUUAUGGAUCAACAGCGUUUGGAGCCAGAAUUUUUCAGAGUUGGAUUUUAUGGGAAAAAGUUCCCAUUCUUCUUGAGAAAUAAGGAAUUUGUUUGCCGAGGACAUGACUAUGAAAGGUUGGAGGCCUUCCAGCAGCGAAUGUUGAAUGAGUUCCCACAUGCCAUUGCUAUGCAACAUGCUAAUCAGCCAGAUGAGACCAUCUUUCAGGCAGAAGCACAGUAUUUGCAGAUUUAUGCAGUGACACCAAUUCCAGAGAACCAGGAAGUCCUGCAGAGAGAUGGCAUUCCCGAUAACAUCAAGAGCUUUUACAAAGUAAAUCACAUAUGGCGAUUCCGAUAUGACAGGCCAUUUCACAAAGGGACUAAGGACAAGGAAAAUGAAUUCAAGAGUCUAUGGGUGGAGAGAACCACACUGAUCUUGGUGCAGAGUUUACCUGGAAUAUCUCGUUGGUUUGAAGUGGAAAAACGUGAAGUAGUGGAAAUGAGUCCCCUUGAGAAUGCUAUUGAGGUCUUAGAAAAUAAGAACCAACAGCUGAGAACACUCAUUAGUCAGUGUCAAACUCGACAGAUGCAAAAUAUUAACCCUCUCACGAUGUGUCUAAAUGGGGUCAUUGAUGCAGCAGUUAAUGGUGGAGUUGCUAGAUACCAAGAGGCAUUCUUUGUCAAAGAAUACAUUUUGAACCAUCCAGAGGAUGGAGAGAAGAUCACACGCUUGAGAGAGCUGAUGCUUGAGCAGGCCCAGAUUCUAGAAUUUGGCUUGGCGGUGCAUGAGAAGGUGGUGCCGCAGGACAUGAGGCCGUUGCACAAAAAGCUGGUGGAUCAGUUCUUUGUGAUGAAGUCAAGCUUGGGAAUACAGGAAUUUUCUGCCUGUGUACAAGCUAGCCCGGUUCAUUUCCCAAAUGGAAGUCCUCGUGUAUGCCGAAAUUCCGUACCUGUUUCUAUGAGCCCUGAUGGUGCCAGGGUAAUAUCACGACGCAGUCCCUUGAGUUACCCAGCUGUCAAUCGGUAUUCAUCCUCAUCACUGUCAUCCCAAGCUUCUGCUGAAGUCAGCAAUAUCACUGGGCAAUCAGAAAGCUCUGAUGAAGUUUUUAACAUGCAGCCUAGUCCGUCUACCUCAAGCCUGAGUUCUACUCAUUCUGCUUCACCUAAUGUGACCAGUUCUGCUCCAUCCAGUGCCAGAGCCUCUCCUCUGUUGUCUGACAAACAUAAGCAUUCCCGAGAAAACUCUUGCCUGUCCCCCAGAGAGAGGCCCUGCAGCGCCGUCUACCCUACCCCUUCAGAAACCUCGCAGACUGCAAACUCUUGCUUUGCCAAGUGGAAUGCGACUUCUAUCCCCCACUCUACCCGAGAUUCAAUAAGGGAGGCUGAGGAGCUCGUAGGCCCAGUCUCCACUCUCUCUGAGACUCGCCCGGCAGGAAAAUCUCCCAAUCUGUCUCUACCCUCAGUGUCCCAAGAGAGGAGAAUGCUGUUUAAUCAUAUUGGAGACGGUGCUUUCCCACGAAGUGAUUCCAAUCUGCCCGGCCCCGACAAAGCUGUAAACACCACUCCCAGCAGCUGGAGCCUGGACAGUGGGAAGGAAGCCAGAAACACAUCAGAAAGUGGAAAGCUUAUAUCUCCUCCUGUACCACCAAGACCUGCACAGACUGCAUCACCAGCAAGACACAUAGCCUCUGUUUCCCCUUCUCCUGCUGGCAGAUCACCAAUGAAGGGGUCUGUGCAAUCAUUCACACCAUCUCCAGUGGAGUAUCAUUCCUCGGGGCUCAUAUCCAACUCCCCGGUGCUGUCGGGGAGUUACAGCAGCGGCAUCUCUUCGCUCAGCCGAUGUAGCACAUCAGAGACGUCAGGCUUUGAAAGCCAAGGCAGCGAACCGACAGUGACUGUCCCAAGCUACAGCGUUUCUGAGGAGCCUGUGAGAAAAGAAAGUAAAACCCCGCCGCCUUACAGCGUGUAUGAGCGGACUUUGAAACGCCCUGUUCCUCUACCUCACAGCCUCUCCAUCCCACCCACUGCGGACCCGCCGGCACUGCCGCCCAAGCCACAGCUGGUCCGGCCAAACAACCUGGACAACAGCAGCAGGAGGACUGAGCAGGUUCCCCGGCCCAGGCCUCUGCCCCGCAAAGUCUCUCAGCUAUGA